CAUUUGUAACCGUAGUGUGGCUAGUGAUUGCAAUCUUCCCUGUUCCAGUUUAUCGUACCCAAUUUCUGCUUAUAUCUAUUUCAUUCAUUUAUCCACUUGUUUAUAUCUUUUCACCUAUGCAGUUAUUCAUUCAGCUCAUCUAUCCGUUUAUGUACGAAUUGUCCGCUCUGUAUGAUUGAACGUCCAGAAAAAUGGCUCAGAAAAUGGCUUCGGCUCGGAAGACAGAUGUGAGAAGUGAAUUAGAAAGUAUUGGACGAUGUUUGGAAGGUGAAGAAUUGGUGAAAGCGUUGAUGGAACGAGUUUUGGCAACUGAGGAAGAAAAGACUACUCUGGCAAACAAGGUUGAAGAGCUAUCGAAAAUGCAGAAAAUGGCUACCAGUCUAAGGAAACAAAAUGAGUUGUUAACCAAGAAAGUGGAAACAGUUGAGGGAGUAUUAAUGAAGACCGAACUAGCGAAAUCGAAAUUGGAAAAUUUAUGUCGAGAAAUGCAAAAGGCGCAACGGAAAGCACACGAGGAACAUGUAGAGAAAUUACGUGAGUUGGAAAGAAAUCGUAAAGAUAUGAUUGAACAGUUCAAAGAAUCAGUAACCGGAAUUCAGAAAUCGAUGGAAUCGGGACGAGAAACAUCAGAAAAACUAACAAACGACAAUGCAGUGCUGUCGGAGAAAUUAAAAGUUUUGGCACAAGAAUAUGAAAACAGGGUGGCUGAGCUUUCGAAACAGUUUACCGAAAAAACGGAGUACUGCGAAAAACUGACAGCGGCUCGUGACAUGGAAGUGGAACUAUAUAAAACAAAGCUUCAGGCUGCUGUAUUGGAUACACAAAAAUGCACACAAGAAAAAAUACAGUUACAAAGCGAGUUACUAGCUCGUGAACAGAAAAUGAAGGAAGUCCUCGAAGGAGAGAAGGCAAUGCGUGAACAGAUCGAUAAGUAUACAAAGAAAUAUAAUGAAUUGCAUUUAAGUCUCAAUAAUUCGAAUGAAACAUUUGAUAAAUUUCGACGUGAAAUGGAGCGUAUGAAUUCAAACGUUAUCAAGGUAGAGAAAGAUGCGCGAAAGUGGAAAAUAAAAUAUGACGAAACUGCUCAGGCUUUGGCUGCUGCAACUUUGAAAGUUAAAGAAAGUGAAGAUUUAUGCGCAUUAAAAGAUCGACAACUGCAACAACUUCAGAAUUUGUGUCGCACUUUAAAAUCUCAAAUUCCUAGUAACCAGUGAUGUGCUUAUAAAAACACUCAUUUUCAUGCCUUUUUUCCUCUCUUUAAAUUCUCACUAAAAUUUCAUCCGAGGAUAUAUCAGUCUUUAUCUUCAUUUGAUCCGCCAAGCAUUGAGGGAAUGAAUUUAACACACCAAUUGUGAGAACUUGUAUCAUUAUGCACAGUCUUUCAGAAGUCAAACUUCUACACUCUUUCAAUAGUUACUUGUUUAUUGCAUUUAUUCAGCACUGUACUGUUUUUAAAAAGCAUUGAGUGCUAAUCAUUUUAAUGUUAAUAUUUAUUAUGAAGUGCUUUUCACUGAAACUCUUUCAAUUUGUUUGAUUCGAGCUAGUGAUCAGCAGCAAAAAAC